CUUUUGUUUGUGUUCCUUCCUUCUCCUCUCCUUCCCCGCCGCCGCCGCCGCCGCCUCCUCCCCUCCUCCUCUCCUCCGCUGCGUCGCCAGCGAUGGCAGCGCCGUCUACGCUGUGGCAGCCGCAGGAGGAGGGCCUCCGCGAGAUCUGCACCCUCCUCGAGGCGCACAUCUCCCCCAACUCCGACCAGGCCCGCAUCUGGCAGCAGCUGCAGCACUACAGCCAGUUCCCCGACUUCAACAACUACCUCGUCUUCCUCCUCGCCCGCGGAGAGGGAAAACCUUUUGAAGUCAGGCAAGCUGCUGGCCUUCUACUAAAAAACAACUUACGAGCUACUUUCAGCUCCAUGCCUCCUGCUUCUCAGCAGUACAUAAAGUCCGAGCUGUUGCCAUGUAUAGGGGCAACCAAUAAGGCAAUCAGAUCCACAGUUGGAACAGUUAUCAGUGUACUCUUUCAAAUUGUUCGAGUCGCUGGAUGGAUUGAUCUGUUUCAGGCUCUCCAUCAAUGUUUGGACAGUAAUGAUCUGGAUCAUAUGGAAGGUGCUAUGGACGCUAUAUACAAGAUCUGUGAGGAUGUUCCUGAAGAGCUUGAUGUUGAUGUUCCUGGUUUGCCUGAACGGCCAAUCAAUGUAUUCAUGCCAAGAAUAUUGCAGUUUUUCCAAUCAACACAUGCAAGUCUCAGAAAGCUAGCACUUGGAUGUGUUAAUCAGUAUAUCGUUGUCAUGCCAGCAGCUCUGUACAUGUCAAUGGAUCAAUAUCUUCAAGGUUUAUUCAACCUUGCCAAGGAUUCUUCAGCAGAUGUUCGAAAACUGGUCUGCUCGGCUUGGGUUCAGCUCAUUGAAGUAAGGCCAUCAAUUUUGGAGCCACAUUUGAAAAAUGUCACUGAAUUGAUGUUGCAAGCUAAUAAAGAUUCAGAUGAUGAAGUUGCUCUUGAGGCUUGUGAAUUCUGGUCUGCAUACUGUGAUGUCAGCAUGCCUCCUGAAGGGCUGAGAGAGUUCUUGCCUCGCUUAAUUCCAACUUUGUUAUCCAACAUGGUCUAUAGUGAUGAUGACGAAUCACUUGCUGAUGCUGAGGAGGAUGAAUCCUUUCCAGACAGAGACCAGGACUUGAAGCCCCGGUUCCAUGCCUCUCGACUACACGGAUCUGAAACUGGAGAAGAUGAUGAUGAUGAUGAUGCUGUAAAUGUUUGGAAUCUGAGGAAAUGCAGUGCUGCUGGAUUAGAUGUCCUUUCUAAUGUUUUUGGUGAUGACAUUCUCCCUACUUUAAUGCCUUUGAUACAGCAAAAUCUGGCUCGAACAGAUGACGAUGCAUGGAAGGAGAGAGAAGCUGCUGUUUUGUCUAUUGGUGCUAUAGCAGAGGGAUGCAUUACUGGGCUAUAUCCUCAUCUUCCACAGAUUGUUGCUUUUCUUAUUCCACUUCUCGAUGAUAAAUUCCCUCUUAUACGGAGUAUUACUUGCUGGACCCUCUCCCGAUAUAGUAAAUUCAUUGUACAGAGCCUUGAGCAUCCAAAUGGCCGUGAACAAUUUGAUAAAAUCCUCUUAGGUCUGCUGACAAGGAUAUUGGAUACCAACAAAAAGGUGCAGGAGGCAGCGUGUUCGGCAUUUGCAACGCUUGAAGAGGAGGCUGCAGAAGAGCUAGUACCACACUUGGGAAUUAUUCUGCAACACCUUAUGUGUGCCUAUGGAAAAUACCAGAGACGAAACCUUCGAAUACUCUAUGAUGCUCUGGGCACUCUUGCUGAUGCUGUUGGAGCAGAGCUUAACCAGGCGAAAUAUCUAGACAUAUUUAUGCCACCACUAAUCACAAAAUGGCAGCAACUUGCCAACUCUGAUAAAGAUCUAUUUCCACUGCUUGAAUGCUUUACAUCUAUCGCUCAGGCUCUGGGACCAGGAUUUUCACAGUUUGCUGAGCCAGUAUUUCAGAGGUGCAUCAAUCUUAUCCAAUCUCAGCACUUGGCAAAGGUUGAUCCUGCUGCAGCUGGUGCAUUAUAUGAUAAGGAAUUCAUUGUGUGUGCAUUGGAUCUAUUGUCGGGACUUGCAGAAGGACUUGGUCCUGGUAUUGAAAGCCUGGUUGCACAAAGCAGUUUGAGAGAUAUACUUUUGCAAUGCUGUAUGGAUGAAGCAGCAGAUGUUCGACAGAGCGCUCUGGCCCUCCUGGGGGACCUUUCCAGGGUUUGCCCUAUACAUUUACAUCCUCGCCUUCAAGAAUUCCUUAAUGUUGCAGCAAAGCAAUUGAACCCGCAAUGCGUGAAGGAGGCUGUAUCAGUUGCCAACAAUGCUUGUUGGGCAAUUGGAGAAUUGGCGAUCAAGAUUGGCAAAGAAAUUUCACCUGUGGUGAUAACUGUUGUUUCAUGCUUGGUACCUAUUUUAAAAUCUCCUGAGGGCUUGAAUAAGUCGCUUCUUGAAAAUAGCGCGAUCACUCUUGGGAGGCUUUGCUGGGUCUGUCCAGACAUUGUGGCUCCUCACAUGGACCAUUUCAUGCAAGCCUGGUGCAAUGCAUUGUGCAUGAUACGAGAUGAUUUUGAAAAAGAGGAUGCAUUCCACGGUCUAUGUGCAAUGGUGGCAGCAAACCCAACUGGGGCUGUGGGCUCACUAGUUUAUAUCUGCCAGGCCUGUGCAAGUUGGAAUGAGAUUAAAAGUGAAGGUUUACAAAACGAAGUGUGCCAGAUUUUGAAUGGAUACAAGCAGAUGCUUGGAAGUGGGGGUUGGGAACAGUGCAUGUCCACCCUAGAACCAGCGGUCGUGCAGAGAUUAGGCAGAUACGGAGUAUGAGCAUGCAAAGGGAAUUUAUUUCGUUUGUCUAUUCUUUUACCCUGCAACGGAGGCAAAGAGAAGAAAUGGAAUUCAUCGUGUAUCAAAGCAAGCAGCGCAGCGUGUGAUUUUUAUGAUGUGAUGCAUUCUGUCCAGUUGGUUUUGUAUACUCCAUUGCUAGUAAUAUAUGGUUGGCACAGGAGUGCUGAGAGCAUCAUGUGCUCUGUCUCCAGCACGUGGUAAGAACUACCACGACGGACAGAAUGAAGGCUAUUACCUUUUGGUUUCUUGAGUCGAUUGGGUCGAAAAAGCUGUGCUUGAUUGUAGUACUACUGGUCAGUUCAGUGGACUCGGUUAUGUUUUUUUGUCAUUCCACUGGCUCUGGCACUGGCACCCCAGCAGCAACAUAGAGUUGUUGAAAGGUUUUGUAGUGUGUAUUUUAUGGGCCAAGAGUUUAGGUGUAGGGACCCCUUUUUUUUUUUGGUCCUUGAUAGGGUUGUAUUGAUUCAUUCCCCAAAUAAAAAAAAAAUCCAUUGAACAAACAUUGAGGCUGAAACAAAUGAAAAGAUUGAAGAAAAUUUGAGCCUGGUGUUCGAGCUGGUCGUGAGAAUAUGUA